CAGGCCUUGAGAUUGACCUUGGAGGGAGGUAUAGGAUGAAGACCAGCCGAAUCCAUGGUAGAAACUCUGCCAGGCGGGGCAGGACGAGAAACGAUAGUAAACUCGCGGGCCGACGCAAGAUCGUCGGAAGUGACUGCGGGGGUCGUAUUUGCACGAAGACGAGAGUUGCGGUCUCUGUGAUUACUACCUCGUUUGUUGUGAUUGCGACGCUGGCCGAGCUGCUGUAACCGUUCCUUCCACAUACACCCCCGCCUAGGCAAUGAAACAGGUUGUAAAGCAAAGGGUGAAGUGGUAGAUAUGUUCCGUUGUAGCUGGAUAGACAGCUGCUUAUUCGGAACAGCCUGGUCCGCAGUUGGUGGUUACGGGUCGCCGGCAGACCGUUUUAGCAGGCCGAGGAAUGGAUAGGUCUGAGAUGUAGCGUGCAGGCCGUGCUUAGCAGAACGUGACGCAGUGAUCGACGGCAACAGCGACGGUGACCGACGGAUGGCGGCGACGGGAGGUGCGUCCAGGACGUUCAGGAGUUUCUCUCUGCCGUCGUCUGCGUCGUCCCCACCUUCCCAUUUAGUGAGGUACGUGUUACGUAAUAGUCUCUUUUCAUGACACUGCCCCGUGAUGCUGUCACAUUUCCUACUCAACGCUUGCCAGCUUUCCUUUUCCGUCGACCACAAUGUUGCCGACGACGACUCACUCGUCUUGAAAUAUUCAACAUUUACAUCUCUACGGGCAUUGAUAUUAGUCUACAAUGUAGGAACAACGAUGUCUCGUCGCACUUUAGUCUAUCAGCGUAAUUCGCAAUCCACCUUCAAGUCCAAUGGCGGAAACCACAAACUGGUGACGGGAUCGCCGGAAAUUUCAUUCUAACAGCUCCGAAGCAAAUAAAGCCACACAGUAUACGCCGAGUUAACUGCUCUAUCUUCCCAACUUUUCACCUGCACCAUGGAUUCUGAGGACGAGCGCAUACUUCGAGACGCAGAUGAGCGUGGCGGCAUAUCCGGCCUGCAUCGUAAGGACUCUCCCAAUAGUAUUCCUUCUUGCGGAAUCAGUGGCUCACUAUUCAUGAUAGUCAUCGAUCCAGAUGUAGAAUUUCGUUUGUAUGAGAACAAGGAGGGAAGGCUCGUCAGAAAGAGACUAAGAGGUUCGAAGCACGGAUUGGAUUCGGCUGAGCCAGAUCCCGCGUUUGUCAUUAGAUUGCAUCGAUUCUUUCAUACUCUCCGUGGUUUCCACAAGGGAAAGCUGGACCUCAGCGGCCGUCACGAGCAAAGGUACAGGUCCCUCUGGAUUCGCUGGAAAACCUUUUAUUUCGGCAUCAGGAAGCUUUCUGUGCACGCCGUACCUUAUCAAUACCCUUUGCGAGAUGAGAAGAAUCAUCCUGUUAUCAAGAAUGGUCAGCCGGUAUACAUUCAAGACUUGACGAUCGAUCCGCCCGAGCUUUUGGAAGAAUUCCGGAAGAAGUGGAAAAUUGAUGAGAGGUAUUCUCUUGUAGAUCUGUUCAAGGAGACAGAGGAAACAUGGGACGUCAUUCUCAAGCAUCCCCAGCCGAAGUUUCAGAAGCUCUGCCUUCAAGAUCUUCCGGUCGAACUGCUCCACGCGAUCAUGAAGCAUGCCAGUAUAUAUGAUGUUCGAAGACUUGGAGCGACUUCUCACCUCUUCCAUGAUAUCUCUAUUUCAUAUGUCUUUGAGUCUCGGAAUUUACGACUACAGUGUGCGCGCCCCAUCGACGAAGCAAACAUUCUCGCCCUUCCAAUGGACCAAAGGCGACGCUACCGUACUAACUUGAUGAAGACUGCGCGGAAAGUGUUCCUCGAGGAAGUCAAGUUCCUGAUCUCGCGCGAGGACAUACUGUCCAGACUUCGGAAGCUGAAGCUCUCAGACGAAUGGACCGAUUACAUUCCUCUAACAACCUUCAUUGAUGAUGUGGACGGAAAGGCAACAUUCUACGAGCCUAUCAUCCGCGCUAUCGGCGAUCUGCUCGUUUGUGCACCCAACAUCAGCGAAGUGGUAUUAUCGCCUUGGAUCAUUACCUCAUCGUUAUGCAAAUGUCUUGCCGUCUCCAAGCUUGAGACCCUGACUAUUUCACAUUGCAUUGCAGACUUGACAUUCGAGGAUCAAAUCCACGACCUCCCGCUCUCCAUGAGCGUGCGCAGUGUCACCUUCACCCUCUCAACUAUGAGCCACCUUGGCUCAUGGCGGGUUCUCUCUCUUCUUCCAUUCGUUGAAAACUUGUCUAUUCGAGGGGUCAACGAGUUACGAUUCCUGGGGAACACUACCGAGCCAAUCGCAGUUCCUGUGCUCGAGAUCCGCCCAACGCUGAAUCCCUGGCAGCAAUUACGCAAGUUUUCAAUGUCUACGGUGUCAUCUAUGGAGGUGCAGACGUUGGCAUCGUGGAUUCAGGUCAUCCGGGAAACGGCCCCUCUGCCAUUCACCCUUCAGCUGACCCAUUUCAAGUUGGCGGUGGAAUGUGGCAUUGAGCCUGAUGACUUGUUCGACUUGCUGCGCCAACUACACGGUGCUCCGUUACAAUAUCUUGUGUUGGACGGCUUGCGUUACGCACACCCUGACCUCCUAGACCGCAUUGCUCAAGCUUUCCCCAAUCUGAUCUCAUUGUCUCUCUUGUAUCGGGAGAGUCCUAUCCAGUACAAGUCGGGAUUCGCAAAUUGGCCUCACGCGUCAUGGGAGUAUGCUCCCCGUCUUGCCAAUUUCAACCAUUUGCGUUACCUUGGAUGGAACUUCAGGAUAGGAAUCAGAGCAUCGACAACCUAUGUGCUUCACUUCUUCGAGAACGGUUUCCCAACGAAGCGUGAAUGGAAGGACAAGUAUCAGUCUCAACAUCUGGAUGUCUUCCGAGAUGGCGAUUCGAUUGCGCGACUUCUUCAUGCGCAUUGCCCGACGUUGGAGACGAUUGCAUUAUUGCCUGGUCGAGGAGUCCCUCCGAUUGUGUACAGAAACGAUGUUGUAGGUGGCGUUUGUGCGUUCAAGGAGGUGGACUGGGCUGUCGCUGUUGAGGUGGCGGCCGAACAUGGCUCUGUUUCUUCCGAUCCAUGGCCUGCUUCCUAGCAUACAGAGUAGGUCAACCUGUUACAUGUAUGGACUUCACACCAUCAAUCAUAGCUCCACAAAAACUUGUUUCGACUACCCAUUCGGCAUGAUGAGGCAGGCUCUGCGAACAAAUGGAUGUGAAGCUGAACAUCGAGAAUAAACAAUCUAAAUAUAGUCGUGCUAUAUUUAGGGUCAGAGGCGAAUAUUCAACGUAGUUACCUUU